UGUUUUGCGGCCGGUCGCCUCUGGUUUCAAAUUGAUCGCCUGCCCCAGACACCAUUAACUCCUCGUACUCUCCGCUCUCCCUUCUUCCUCUUUCUCACACAUACACACACUCUCUCAAACAAACACACUCUUUUCCAUAUAUAGAUACACAAUCUAAACACACACACACAUAUAUAUAUAUACAACGAUAUAACCACCCAUUUUUAAUCAAGAAAAAAGAGAGGAUAGAGUUUGCUGGAUUUCAAGAAAAGGAAAAACUGUUGGGAAAGGGAGUUGAAAGAGGAUUGAAUUGUUCUCUUUUUCUUUAGGUUUGGUUUGUUGUUGAAAUUACGGGGUUUGAUUCUGGUUUCACAUAUGUAAUGCAUCAGAAAAAAUCUGAAGUACAGAUCGGAACAGAAAGCCCCUGCCGCCCUCUUCCCUUACCCAGAAACACCCCCACCUUUCCCAGAAUUUCCAUCCGACUCCGCUCCAGCCGCCUCGUUCUUCAUCUUCUGUGAAUAAUCCCACCCUUCAAAUCCUUAUCAACGCUGAGAAUCAACAGCAGCAAGACCAGAAUGACCCUUUUACCCUCAAGCCCACCCCUUUCAAGAGACCGCAUCUUCAGCAGCAAUUCUCCAGUUCCCUCACCAAGACUCCAACUCUAUCCAACGCCCUUCACAGGUAUGGUGUUUCUGCGCAGAACCCACCUACAAAAUUCGGUCUUUUUUACAAUAGGUCUCAGAAAUUCUUGACCCAUUUCCACCACCACCUCCGCCACCUGCGUCGCCGUCUGCGCCUCCACCUUCGCCUUAUUCUUCUACUCAGCCUCCCCUUCUUUUACUUUUUGGUCUCUCAUCCUUCUAGCUCCUUCAUUCUUGAUUUCCUCUCUGCUUUUGCCUUCUCGGCCGCCCUUCUCUUCUCCUUGAAUUUGGCCAUUCCACGUCUCCCCACAAUAAGAUUGUUCCUUGCCAGGUCUUUGCCGAUUAAGAUAUGUGCAAAGGAUCAAGUGAGCCGGCCGCACUUGCCGGUUUUUUGGUCAAUUGGGUCCCGCCAGAAGGCUGAUAAAAAGGCUAUUUCAGGAUGUUAUGUGCAGGCGUAUAGCAAUGGGGAUGUGUAUGAGGGUGAGUUUCACAAAGGGAAAUGUAGUGGGAGUGGGGUGUAUUACUAUUACAUGAGUGGGAGGUAUGAGGGGGAUUGGGUUGAUGGCAAGUAUGAUGGUUAUGGGGUUGAGACGUGGGCAAGGGGCAGCAGAUAUAGAGGGCAGUACCGGCAGGGUCUUAGGCAUGGUUUUGGGGUGUACAGGUUUUAUACAGGGGAUGUGUAUGCUGGAGAAUGGUCUAGUGGGCAGAGCCAUGGAUGUGGGAUACAUACAUGCGAGGAUGGAAGUAAGUAUGUGGGAGAAUUUAAAUGGGGAGUUAAACAUGGUCUUGGACACUACCAUUUCAGGAAUGGGGAUAGGUAUGCUGGAGAAUAUUUUGCUGAUAAGAUGCAUGGAUUUGGAGUCUAUUGCUUCGCAAAUGGCCACCGCUACGAGGGUGCAUGGCAUGAGGGUAGAAGACAGGGGCUCGGGAUGUACACUUUCAGGAACGGUGAAACUCAGUCUGGCCAUUGGCAAAACGGAGUUCUUGAUGUUCCAAGCACACAGAGCAACACCUAUCCUGUUUCUCCAGUUGCUGUUAACCACUCUAAAGUGCUUAAUGUUGUUCAGGAAGCUAGACGAGCAGCAGAGAAAGCCUAUGAGGUUACCAAGGUGGAUGAGAGAGUGAACAGGGCUGUAGCAGCUGCUAACCGGGCUGCUAAUGCUGCCAGAGUAGCAGCAGUGAAAGCCGUGCAAAAGCAAAUGCACCACAGAAGCAACAGCGAUGAGAUCCCAAUUCCUGUUGUUUAAGACCUGCCACUGAUCACCAAAUCCUCAUACACGCGAUGAGUUUUGAGCAGAAAGAAGAUGUUUGCGGACUUCCAGGAUAUAUUUGUGACACCAUCAACUUUACAACUCUACUUCCCCAAACAUAUUGUCGUUUCUAAGUGAAAGCUGAUUUUCAAGCAGCUCGGAGUUCUUAGCCAGCUCGGCGAAGCAGAGGAGACAAAUCAGAAAGAUUUUCUCUCCUAUGGUCAUCUAGCUUUUUUCCCUUUUCUUUUUCUUUUUUUUCUUUUUUGUUAUGUAAAGUUUAAAAUAGGUAUAAGGUUGAGCGCUGGCACGAGGGAAACCCCUAGCCGAUCCAGCCCUGUAUGUGAAGAAAUGACUAAUGAGAAACUCAAGAGAGAUGUAAUAUUUCAACUCAAGCUGUUUACUACCUCUUUUUCACUGCA